AUGAGGAUGGAUAAGAGGUCUCGGAGCACUUCCAGGGAGUCUCACAGGAGGCACAGAGAGUCCCCCACUACACAGGGCAAACGGGAGAAGAGGGAGAGCAGCAGAGAAGCCAGCAAGGGAAAGGGAGACCCGAAGCAGGAGAAAGCAAAGGAGCUCAAGAGCACGUCAGGGGCCGACGGCAGGGUGCACACAUCCACAGUGGUGGACGUGGACGAUGUGGUGUCCGAGGAGGAGAUGGAGGCGAUGGCACUGCUGGACAGCGAGCGGCAAGAGGAAGGUCUAAAGUCUCCAGGCCUGGGCAUCUGUGAGUGGCUCCUGACCAUCUUGUCUUUCCUGUUUGUGAUAAUGACCUUCCCCAUUUCCAUCUGGUUCUGCAUGAAGGUGGUGCGGGAGUACGAGAGAGCCAUCGUUUUCCGGCUUGGACAUCUCCUUCCUGGCAGAGCCAGAGGGCCUGGUCUUUUGUUUUUCCUCCCCUGCCUGGACACAUAUCACAAGGUAGACCUCCGCCUGAAAACCUUAGAGAUCCCCUUCCAUCAGGUAGUGACCAAAGACAUGGUUACCCUGGAGAUCGAUGCUGUCUGCUACUACCGGCUGGAGAAUGCCUCUCUGCUCCUCACCACCCUGACCAGCAUCUCCAGUGCCAUCCAGCUGCUGGUGCAGACCACCACGAAGCGUCUCCUGGCGCAUCGAGCCUUCUCUGAACUUCUCUUGGACAGGAAGACCAUCAGCCAGGAGAUAAAGGUGGCUCUGGACGCGGUCACAGGCUGCUGGGGGAUCAAAGUGGAGAGAACAGAAAUCAACAACGUUCAGCUGCCCGCUGAGGUGCGGCAGUCCCUGGCCGCAGAAGCAGAGGCCCAGAGACAGGCCAAAGUGCGGGUUAUUGCUGCCGAGGGGGAAAAGGCUGCUUCCGAGUCCCUGCGGAUGGCAGCCGAGAUCCUGUCCAGUGCCCCUGCUGCUGCUCAGCUCCGCUACCUCCAUGCUCUGCACUCCCUCACUGCGGAGAAACCUGCUGCCUUCAUCCUGCCCUUGCCUUUGGAUGCCAUGAACCUCAUCCCUCCAGCCACCCACAGUGCUCCAACAGUGAGCAGCCUCCUCACGGAUACCACAAAGCCCCCAGAAACCCCCAAAGACAAGAAGGACUCACCCAUGCUCUGAGAGCUGUCCCAGAAAUGGUUGCCAAACUACUCCUGGCCAGCUCUGCUCAGAGAGGAGCAAGAAGGCAGGUCCUGAUCUGGAGGCAGGAGAGGAGGU